UAACCUAAACCUACAUUCGUAAUCGUAAAGUAUGAGGAUGUGGAUGGUUACACCGAAUCAGUUUCUCAACUUUAGAAGUUUUCAGGCCAAACUAUCGUCAGUUCGUCGCUUUCUGGAAAGUUCAGAAGUCAGAACACGGUUGGACCGGUCACCGGCAUUUCCCAAUAAACCUGUCGCUGUGGCCGAGAGCGAGAAGGUGAGAACUGAUCACUCCAUCAGAUCUAAACGCCAAGUGUCCUAAAAAAGGGCCGCAAAGCAAAGUGUUAUGUCCGGCCUUCGGUGAGCCUUUGAUUCAAAACCCCGAAAGGCCCUGAAAAAAUUAGAAAGACCUGAGUCUCCCAGUCUCCACUUCAGAGUGACAGGGUCCAGAGAGGGGGCUUCGUCGUUCGUACUCAAAUCGGUGCUGAUCUUCUGGUUGAUAGCAAAAUGGUGGCCUCCGCGGGGAAUACGCUCCGGCCGUUGCUGGGAUUCGGGUUUUGGGUUCAGGGUUUCCGAUGCUUUCCAUGGAUGGGCGUGAAUUUCUUUCUCAAAGACGGUCUCAAAGUGGAUCCCUCCACACUUCAGCUGUUGCAGAACUCGGCAAACCUUCCGAUGAUCGGAAAGCCUAUAUACGGAAUCGUCUCCGACGCCGUUUACAUUGGAGGCCAGCACAGGAUCCCUUACAUCGCCAUUGGAGGAUCCGGGGAACCGGGGAUGGAGCGAGAUAGGGUUGCUACUUGCUACUGGUACUGGAAUUUUCGAAUAGCUUUACGUGUGAGGGUAAAAUUGUAUUUUCACUUCGGUGGGAAAGACAUAUUGGCUGAAUUGCCCUCGAUUUCUGGUUUCUUCCUGAAGCAACGCGUGUUAGGGAAGACACUGAGGAAAGGCCGAAACGAUGAGGUCGCCGACGCAGCGAGUGGCGACGCCGCGGUUUGGUUCAAAAAGCUGUUGGGACUUACUUUUUUCUUGCAGGCAGUGUCAUGGCUAACCAUUGCAGUCCUUCCUUCAACAAGCAUCUCUAUCUUCACUGUUAGUCUCCUUCUCCUCCUUAGCAACCUUGGUGCAUCUAUUGUUGAGGUUGCCAAUGAUGCCCUCGUUGCCGAGACAGGAAAGCAACCAACAUCUUCCAAAAAGUCACAACCAUCUUCAUCUGGUGAGCUUCAGUCAUUUGUUUGGAUUGCUACCUCUGUUGGUGGAGUCCUCGGAAACCUCCUUGGAGGCAUUGUUAUAGAUCGGUUUUCCCCACAGAUGAUGUUCCUUGUGUUUGGUCUUCUUCUAUCUGUCCAGCUCCUCACAACACUGGUAGUCCGAGAAAGCUCACUUAACCUCCCCAUGAAUCCAUCUAGUUCUGGCAUCCGUAAACAGUUGUCCAUGCUAUCAAUUGCAUUGCAUAAGCCAGAGAUUGCUUAUGCAAUUGUAUGGUUUGCAGCUUCUUAUGCCGUUAUCCCAGUCUUGACAGGAACCAUGUUCUUCUACCAAACUCAGUAUCUGAGCCUUGAUUCAUCUGUUCUUGGACUGUCUAAGGUGUUUGGACAAGCAGCGAUGCUUCUAUGGAGUGUAAUCUAUAAUCAACGAUUGAAAUCAGUCCCACCAAGAAAACUAAUUUCAGCAGUUCAGGUUGUGAUGGCCAUGUUCAUGUUAUCAGAUGUAUUGUUUGUGAAGGAAUUUUAUCGGAACCUUGGUAUUCCAGAUUCUGUGUAUGUAGUGAUUUUCUCAGGGUUAUUGGAGGUCUUAUUCAUAUUCAAGUUGUUACCAUUCAGUGUCCUAAUGGCACAACUCUGCCCACCUGGUUGCGAGGGAUCUCUCAUGGCCUUUGUCAUGUCUGCUAUUGCAUUUGCAUUUAUUGUGAGUGGGUAUCUUGGCGUCGCACUUGUGAAAUAUAUUGGCAUCUCAGAGAAAGACUUUUCGGGGCUGCCACAUGGCAUUUUGAUACAAGUUGCAUGUACACUGGUGCCACUAUAUUGGAGUUCAUGGAUUCCUGAUGAUGUCAAACUUCAGAAAAAGAAAGAGUAGUCUUUAGGAUCAUUAUCAUCAAGGUGUGUAAAGUGCUGUAAGAUUUUACCCACUCUUUUGGUAUUUCAUAGAAAAGUUAACAAAUUUUUUGCAUUUAUUAAAAAGAUAAGAACAUGCCCCCUAAAAUUCUUUCCAGGGAUGAGGUUUUAUUUGACCCAAACUCACAUUGAGGACCACUGAUCAGAUAAACUGUUCUUGUCCAAUAGUGUAGCUUUGUUACACAUUUCUUAACACCAAAUGGUGCAUCCCAUAUUUCUUAAAAGAUACGGACAUGCCUUUCUUUAAUUUUACUGAGUCUGAAUUUCCUGUAGACUGAUGUAAAGAGGAUGUGCACCUGCAGACAUGGGUCAUUUUCUUAUAAGAAAUAUAGUAUUGGACUUUCUUAAA